AUGGACUAUGCUGGCAAACGUAACGAUGUCGUCGAUUUUGGCGGAGAGACAGAUUAUGAGAAUAUGGAAUGGUUCAAGGAAGCACCUCCCGAACAUUUGCGUCCUCAUCAUCAACCUGCCGAACCAAUAGGAACACCAUAUGUGCCUGAUAGUGCAGUUAUUGACCAGAAUGAGGCGUUCGAGUUCGCUCUUAGUGCAGCGCCCAACGUAUUGUACGCACGGUACAAACAGUACGGCCAGCUGGGUGUAUUAGCAUGGUGUGCAGAAUUUGGUGAACUCAUCGAUAACCUCAAAGAGCUCGGAUUUGCUGGAAACAUGUUUGUUUCCACCCGUACACAGGCGUUGAAAACCUGUGAAGAGAUCUUGAAGCUGCACCUUAAUAUCGAGAUGCAGAUCAUAAUGUUGUAUUUAUCGUCGCAGGUUUCGCGCCUACGAAGAUUCCUGGAUGGAGACCGCGUUUGGGAUGACUAUCCUGUGCCCUCGUUCCCCUUGGAUCCGAGUUCGAGUACGUAUAAAUGA